UUUUUUUUUACUUUCUUUCUUUUCUUUGAGCCUUUUCCUUUUUAUUCUAUCUUCUCCAGUUUCUUUUAUAUUACUAAAAAAAAAGCUCCUCCUUUUAUCUUGAAAUAUCUCUACCGUCAUGCCUUUGCGGGUUGUAGGAAGGAUAAAUACACAACUUUCCUAUUACUUUUACAAUUAUGGAAAGGCUUGUGCUUCAAGAAUGGUAUUUCUUUUGGUGACAUCUUUUUGUAUGAUUUGUUUCUUUUCUUUACCUACCAUCCUUCUUUUAUUACAAACUGCAUACAACAACGCCAUACCUAUUCCAUUAUCACUUGAUACCUUUGAUGGUCAAUUUUGGCUAUUCUCACCACAUAUACAACAACAACAACCUGAUCUUACACUCACCGAAACAACUGUUCCCGAAGUUAUUCUCAAACAAGUUCGUCUUACUAAUUUGAUACAACAAGUCGACAAAGAAUUACUUCUCUAUGCCCAUCGUUUACAACAAGUUUUAACAACAACAUGUAUUCAAUGGAACCAACAACCGCUCUCCCUCGAAUCGAUAUGUCACCAUACAAAACAACAACCUUGCCUUGUACAUUCACCACUUUUAUAUUGGUCUUCUCCUGAAGAAUUGGAAAACGACAGUAAUUGGUUAGAAACAGUGAAUCAGCAAAUACAAAGACAAAAAGCAUUAUCAUCUUCCUUCUUUGGAUCGCAAAACAAUAAUAAUCAUAACACAUCCAAGAUUACAUUUACGCCAUUAUCUUCUAGAACUUCUACUUCUGGUCUAUCUAUGCAACCCUUUUCAUUAUUUGGCAACGUGACACUCGACCUGCAUGGUAAUAUUAUUUCUGCUGAUUCGAUUCUCCUCACUUUUGCUUUACAAUUGGAUCAAACAUCAGCAAAAGAUUAUACCAAUUCAGCUUGGAAUGCUCUAUGGAACGAAGUAGUCUCCCAACUUGAUACCAUUACAACUUUUGACAAUGAUGAAUCAACCUCAAGACCAACAGCAUGGUUUCAACAAGCUAACAUUCGUCUCCAGACAUGGUACUACAAGUCUAAAUUACUACCACUGAAAUUCUCAUCAGAGGUCCAAUUGACCAUAGUUGCUUAUGUUGUCCUUUUUUAUUUGGUAUCUACUAUGUUUGCUAAAUCAUCUCAAGUCAAAUCCCAUUAUUUGUUUGGACUGGCUGCCUUAUUUUUAUCAGCAACAAGUUGUACCACCACUUUGGGAAUAUUACAUCAUUUUGGAGUGGAAUUGACAUCUGUACCUUGGUACUUAUGCUUUAUUAUAUGUGGUGUCGCCUCGUUGGAGAAUAUCUUUUUGAUCACUACUGCUGUCCUUGAUGCUGGUUGUGAUAUGCAAGUCAAAGAGAAAAUUGCUAGAGGAUUACAAAGUAUAGGUGUACCGAUGACUGCCAUGUUAUUUGCUGAAAUCUUGAUUCUAUCUCUUGGUUGUGCAAUGGACUCGGUGUUGGUACAAGAAUUUUGUCUAUUUGGGAAGGUCGCUCUGUUGGUGGAUUAUAUUUUAGAAUUCACAUUCUUCAUUGCUGUCCUAUCUAUUGAUGUCAAACGUGUUGAGUUAACGGACUUGGACGAUCGCCAAAUAUCAAAACGUCUUCAUGAACUAUCCAACUGUGAUAUUGAUGCCCAACAAAAUCCGGAUUUUUGCCCUAUACAUGAUUCUAUACCUGACAAUCAAUUCGAACAACCAAAGACUUGCGCCGACUGUAAAGAAUUCAAGACUCAUCGCACUGUCAAUGCUGUUUUGUUAUGUGUUGUUAUCUUAGGACUCAGCUUAUUCCGACAGCCAUCAAUACCACCUUCUUCAAGUUUGUCAUUCAUAUCACUACCUGCUUUAUUCAACCAACGACCAUCUGACAAUGAUAUUGUUACUACCGCCAAUCAAUUCUGGAAUGUGAUCAAUCCUACUCAUGAUACUUGGAAAAUCUCUGUAUUACCACCCCAUCUUGUAGUUUACAAUCGUCCAACUUUUGAUACAUCUAGUCACUCGAAUAUCAACUUUGCUCAAGUUAUCCUCAAUCAAAUAGAAGCACAAUACAAUGCCAAAGAAGAUGUUUACUUUGAUAAUGCUCAUUUGAUUAGAUCAUCACGCCAAUCUCGUCAACCUCCUUCUCUAUUUCGAAGUAUGAUCUAUCGUACUGCUUCAAAGCUGUUAUCAUGGAUGCUUUCUGUCAAUAUCCCUUUUCUUCUUUUGUGUUUGAUGUCGGUGGUGGUGACAAUGUGGUUGAUGCCUGGAUUACGACGUAGAUGGGUGGUACCAAUCAUCAAACGUAUUGCCAGCAAAAUCUUGAUCAAGCUCAUGUCUAUUAUUCAAAAUGUAUUUACUGGCCCUUCCACUUCUCUGUCCGCCGAGUACGAUGCCAAUGGUGUACAUUUAGGUGCUAUAUCCGCUCAACGACAAUUCAACGAACAACAUAAAAGUAACAUCACAAGUGUAGAUAUCAAGACUCUCUCGGGAAAACAUGCUGCUGAUUUACGACUUUUAGGCACCAAUGGAAAACAUGGAACCGUUAUUUCCUGUGAUCAAGAUGGACGUAUUAUUCUAUGGGAUGCUGUUCGUUCUAUUUGGAUAGCUCGUUUGGAUCGUUUGGAACCAACUCUGACCAAUGGUGGUGCACUUUUAGGUGAUCUUAAUCCCGACUAUUACUCUCAACCUAGAAGGAUCAAGAAAUGGCAACGUGCUUUUGGUGCUUAUCAACAAGAACAACUUCAAAGACAUCAUCAUCGCUCCUCUUCUAUGAAUGUGAUACCUGGUUGUGUAAAAAUUGAUCAAGGGAACCGUUGGGUCAUUGCUGCUUAUGAUGACGGCUCGAUUCGUGUGUGGAACGUUACUACUGGUACUUUGGCAUGUCAAUUAGAUAUUCCAGCCGAUUUGUUACAAUUUGCCACCAUGGAUGAACAUACAAAUGUAGCUAUUUACGAAACAAAUCAUCAUCAUCAGCAAAGCUCGAUAUUUUCAUCACCUGCAAUUCAAAAUAUCCGACGAAGACGUAUUAACAAUCUUCCUUCCUCGACUCUUGAAUCACCUCGUGCAACGCUCCCAUCAACAUGGUCACCUAGUAGUAGUCAUGACACAUCGUCAUCCUCAUCAUCCUCUUCAUCCUCUUCAUUUCGCAACAGCAAUUCAAAUGACAAGAGAUUUGGUUUUGAACGACAUGUGGAUCGUAUCUUGGCAGUACAAUUUGUUGGUGUUGUAGCUGAAUAUUGUCAUCCUCUAGUAGCUGAAUUAGCUGCUCAACAACAAUCAAUGGCUGGACAAUCUAUGGAUCCAAACACAUCUCAAAAUUAUUUGGUAUCUGUACACAAGAGUGGUAUGAUUCGUGAAUGGGAUCUUCUUUCUGGUGAAUGUAUUCAAUCUUUCGCAUCUGGUCAUCUCAAGGAAAUCAGCUGCUUACAUACUGUGGAAUGCAAGGCUCCUCAUCGGAAACUAGGUGUUACAUGGGUUUUUACUGCGUCCAAGGAUGGUACUGUCAAAUGUUGGGAACGAAAAAUAUUGAAAGAUGCUUCUUCUUCUUGCUCAGUUGGUGGAACAGAUAACAAUACAUCACCAUCGUCUACUUCUUCGUCUUCCUCUUCUACCGCAUCACCAUCAUCAUCAUCAUCAACAACAGCAACAACAAGUUGGAUAUGUCUUUAUUCCAUUGAUGCUCAUGAAGGACAAUCUAUCACAGCAAUCAAUACGUCAUUACCAGUUGGUGGAAUGGGUGUUCUUGUAACUGGUAGUAAUCAAGGCUCCGUCAAGGUUUGGAAUUUCGAAACUGGUGAACUUGUAUGUAUUCUUUCAAAAGGUAAUCCUUCCACAACAACAAAAGUCAACAAUACCAGAUAUCAAUCAAGAUCAUCCCGCCAACAACAAAUAUCUGAUCAUUUCGCCGGCAUUACUCAGAUUGUGGUGACUCGAUACUGCGAUGUGGAUACUGGACCUGGACUCUGCCGUGGGUGUGAUACAUGUUUUGGUAAUGGAUUCUUUAUUGCAUCAAGUGCUUCCAAUGAAACAGUACAUGUAUGGCGAUUAGAACGAUCUGGUGGUGGACAUGAACACAAUUGUAGCUUAUGUUCCAAGGAUUAUCAUCGACAACAAUAUCGUCGUACAAAAAAACCAAUCACAACAGGGGAAGAUGAUCAAAGUAACAAAUUAAGUGGUGGUGGUCGCCGUCGACAACAACAGCGAAGAAUGUCUCAUUCCAGUACAUCAUCGACAACAUCUUCAACUACAGCGACAGUUUCAACAAAUACAACUUCAAUGGCGCCCACUACAACAAGACGAAUUCGUAGACAUCGACCUAAUGUACGGAUGGCAAGCACAUCAUCUGUUAUGGAUGAUAUGGUGAAUGGAUUAUUGGAUAUUGAACAAUUAGCUGGAAAUGAUGACAUUGAUCUGACUUCUGUGUUUCUUGGCAAGAUUCAUCAUGUAGCUGGCUGCAAUUUGGUAUUUUGUGACAAUAUGGUACUAGCAGGCGUACGAAGGAAAUCGACACAACAAAAAAGAAAAUACAACACAGUCAAUGAAUGGCAAGCGUGGUUUGUAUCAUUACAGUACUAUGAACCUCCUUCAGAUAUGACAGACACACCAGAUUUAGUGGUUGAAGAUGACAACAAUGAACUUUUUAGUAUUCCUAUCGAAGCGUUUGAUCUGGAACCAACAGAACAAGUAUCAUCAUCAUCUACAACGAAGUCUUCUAUAAAUGACGCAUCAUCAUUACCAUCAAAAGAAACUUUAGUCAACAUGGAACGAACAACAAUAUGGAAAAUGCCUUUCAAGAAAAUUAUUGGAGCCUUUAGAACAUCACCUCUCAAAAAAGAUCAUGGAUCUGACUAUGAUGAUAAUGAAGAUAAUGACGAUGAAGAUUCCUAUAGUGAAGACAGCAAUGAUGAUUUAACAAUGGAUGACGAUAUUGAAGCUAAAGAAAUGCUUCCAUUCUCAACGAUCGAACAUGUUGUGUCAAUGGAUGGUCUUGGACUUGCAUGUGAUUAUGGCAAUUUUAUCAAGGUGGUGUGUCUGGAUAGAAGCAAACUAGCUGCUCAACGUCGGCAACAACAAUCCAUGAUGGCGGGUCACCCAAUGAUGAUGAAUGACAAGUAUUCUAUGGGAUGGCCAAGUACUUGUGAUACAGGUGAUCAUACAUCAUCUAUGCUCUCUCCUCUCAUCAAAAACAAUAACGAUGGGCUCGGUGAUGGUGAAAUAUGUCAAUGCAAGACAGAUGGCUCGAAAUGCUGUGGUGGAAAACAUGGUGGGAAUGGAAAAUGUUGUGGGGGCAAAUCAAGAAAGGGUAUUCCAUCCUCGACCUCUUGUGCUGUUACUGCUGGCCUCAGUGGUAGUACUGUAUAUGAAGCCUGUUCAACAUCUCCCUAUCGUCCUCUGACUGAAUGUAUCGCAAAAGCAACUUGUUCUCGUGCUGGUGAAUGUCAUCUUGUAUCCUCCUCUACUGCAAAAUCCCUUAGGCGCUAGUUGAUCUUUUUUUUUUUUUAAAAAAAAAAAACCCCAUUUAUUACUGCAUCCUUACCACAUUUUUUUUUUAUAUACAUAUUCUUUUUAUUCAUUUUUUUUUUUUUCAAUGCAUACACCUUUCCCUUCCAAUAUAUUGUAUACAUUUGACUUCUCCCUUAUUACCGUCAUUCUUCUUCUUCUUUUUGUCAUGAUCAUUACAAAAAGGAUUAUUCCCUCUAUCAUCCUAUUUGGAAUCAAAUAAAAAUAAUCUCCAUCUACAGUGCGUUUCUAUAUGUUGUGUGUAUGAAUAUAUCGAGAAUAUAAAAUGAAAGAAGAAAAUAAUUCAUAACAAUAGAGAGAACCUGAUUUUUCGUUUUCUUCUCCUUUUUUUAUAUUCGUUUGAAGACCAAAAAAAACAUGGC